AUGUCCGCCUCCGCCUCGGCUGCGUCAACGGCCCGCUCCAACGCCGCCAGAGGGGUGACGAUUAAGCGCAAAGUGGACGAUCGCGUUCGCCACCUCAUCGACAAUGCGGUGCACAAGAAGCACCGAGCUCUGCUGCUUCUCGUGGGUGACCGCGGGAAGGAUCAGAUCGUCAACCUGCACCAGAUGGUCUCACACGCCAACCACAGCGCCAAGGUGAAUAUGCUGUGGUGCAUGAAGAAGGAGCCGGAUUUUGGCUCCACGAGCAGCAAGAAGCAGGAGAAGCGUGCGCGGCUGGAGGUGAAGGGUGGCAUGUCCACCGAGGCCACGAAGGAAGCUUUCCAGACGUUUCUGGCGCAAACCUCCAUUCGCUUCUGUCAGUACAAGGAGACGCACAAGAUUCUUGGUCAGACCUUUGGCAUGGCCGUGCUGCAGGACUUUGAGGCCAUCACCCCCAACACACUUGCGCGCACCGUGGAGACGGUGCGAGGUGGGGGACUUGUGGUCAUAAUGUUCCGUGCGAUGCGCUCGCUAAAGCAGCUCUACACCAUUGCUAUGGACGUUCACGCACGGUACCGCACAGAGGCCUUGCGGGAUGUUGUGCCCCGCUUCAAUGAACGCUUUCUCCUCUCGCUAGUGGAUUGUGAUACGGCGCUUUGCGUCGAUGACGAUUUAAACGUGCUUCCCAUCACUGCAAAGAUGCGGUCGGUGGAGAAUGCCCGCACCGCCAGCUACGACGCGGAGUUGGCGCUGCAAGGCCGUCAGAAGCACGAGGCGGACUUACUUGCCUUAAAAGAUCGACUUCGUGGGAGCAGUGAGGUGGGACCGCUGGUGGCGGUCUGUCAAACCCUUGACCAGGGCAAAACGGUUCUCUCCCUGAUGCAAACUGUUGUGGAGAAGUCGCUCAACACAACCUGUGUUGUGACGGCGGGUCGCGGCCGUGGCAAGUCCGCAGCACUCGGCCUCGCUGCGGCUGGCGCACUCGCCCAGGGCUACAGUAACAUCUUUUGCACGGCCCCGUCGCCGGAGAACCUGCAAACAUUUUUUGAAUUUGUGGUGCGAGGAUUGAAGGAGUUGGGGUACACAGAGCGCACCGAAUUUGAGGCCAUGCAAAGCACGAAUGUGGAGUUCAGCAAGUGCAUCGUGCGCCUCAACGUCUUUCGUGAGCAUCGCCAGACGGUGCAAUACAUUUCCCCGCACGACGCCUCAAAAUUUGCCCAAGCGGAGUUGGCCAUCAUUGACGAGGCGGCCGCACUUCCGUUGCUGGUUGUAAAGCAAAUGUUGGGCCCCUACCUCGUCUUCCUUUCCUCGACGGUGUCCGGCUAUGAGGGGACGGGGCGGAGCCUGUCCAUGAAGCUUGUCGCAGAUAUGCGGAAGCAUUGCGGCACGGAUGCGGGGACGGGUGCCACGGCGGCGGCGGCGGCAGCGGCUGCUGCUGCUGCAGGGAGUUCCGAUGACAGGCGUUUUCUCCGCGAAAUUUCGCUAACGGAUCCGAUUCGCUACGGCCCGAACGACCCAGUCGAGUUGUGGUUAAACAAACUACUUUGUCUCGACGCGACCGCACGACCUGUCGGCGUAAAGGUGUGUCCGCAUCCCAGCAAGUGUGAGCUCUACUACGUGAACCGUGACGCUCUUUUCUCCUACCACCCGCUUGCGGAACAGCUGCUGCAGACGAUUGUGGCCAUGCUGGUGGCGGCGCAUUACAAGAAUCAGCCCAAUGACCUGCAGCUGAUGUCUGAUGCCCCUGGACACCAUUUGUUCCUUCUCUGUUCUGCGACGGUGGACGCCAAGAAUGGCCUUCCGGAUGUCUUUUGCGUGAUUCAUGCCUGCGAGGAGGGGCAGGUGACAUCCGAGGCGAUCAAGAGUAAUCUUAGCCGCGGUCUGCGGCCCGCGGGCGACCUCAUUCCCUACACCUUGUCACAGUGCUAUCUUGAGGAGGGCUUUGCCAAACUUGCUGGGCUGCGCAUCGUGCGCAUCGCCACCAACCCCGAGCUGCAGCGUUCCGGGUACGGGUCGCGUGCACUGGCGCUGCUGCAGGAGUAUUACAGCGGUUCCAUUUCCCUUCGUGCGGCCCCCGCGUCUUCCUCUUUGCCGCAGGAGGUCAACGGGGCUGACGUGGUGGAAGAUGACGCCGUCAGUUCCAUUAUUCAGCCGCGAAAGCGUAUUCCGACCCUGCUUACCCCGCUGCUUGAGCGCCCAUAUGAGGUGAUUGAUUACCUUGGCGUGAGCUUUGGUGUGACGACGCCGCUGUUUAAUUUUUGGCGGCGAGCCGGCUAUGAGCCUUUGUACCUGCGCCACGCCGCGAAUGAACUGACAGGCGAGCAUAGCUGUGUGAUGGUGCGUCCAAUUGGCUUGGACCUCGCGCUGCUGCGAGCGGAGUUCCGCCGGCGGUUUAUUCCACUACUCGCCAUGCCCUUUCGCCAGCUUCCAACGGAGUUGGCGUUGAGCAUCCUGAAGGACAUUGACGUGAAUGACCCACAAAAGCUGGCCGCCGUCACGGACCUUUCCCGGGCUGCCGAACACACUGUUCGCGUGGGUGGCCAGGUGCAGUGCACCUGGCCCGAGCUGGAGCGGAUCUUUAGCAGCAAUGACAUGAAGCGGCUGAAGCUGAACGCUACCGCCUUUGUGGAGGGUGGGCAGGUCUUGGAUCUGCUGCCUGCCGUGGCGAGGCUUUACUUUGAAUCCCGGCUGCAUCGCUUGCCGGACGGCGCCGAGGGCGUCGUGCUGUCACACGCCCAAGCGGCUGUACUGCUGGCGGUGGGUUUGCAGUGCCAGACGGUGGAGCAGGUGGCCCAGCAGACGGCAUUUGCUGGCGUGCCGCCUCAGCAACUGAGAGCCUUCUUGCAGAAGGCUGUCUCCCGCAUCGUGGAGCACUUCACGCGGCUGCAGAAGCUGAAGGCGCCAGGAACGAAUGGGACGGAGGCAAGCAACGAGGCCGAGGCCGCGGAGGAGCCGGAUGAGGAUGCCCGUGAGAUUUACGACAACGAUGGCCAACUCGUUGGACUUUCAGUGGAGAAAAAGGUGCGACGCCCGAUCAACGUGGACUCCACACUGCUGCGGGACGCCAAGUCCUCGCUGCAGGGGACGAAGAGUGGGGUGGGGAGUGCCACUGGCCUGCAGCGCGCGUUCAAGCGAUCGAAGAAAACUCGACGCAGCUAA